AAAACCAGAAACUUGUUACGAUCCAAUAAGGGAUCACUUAUGUAAGCAGCUAGAUAGACCAAUCAGGAGCGCGCCGCAGAGCCGCAACCGUAAUAGCGGCGCAGCGGCGCCCUUCUGAAGGUCGGUAUAUAAGACGGCCUCCCCAGGCCUCUUAUAUUACGGCUCUUCAGCAAGCAAUAGCUUUCACAAUCGAUCAGUACCUUUUGGCUACUACUACCGUUGUUCUUAUUCCCAUCGAUAUACUCCUGUGCUUGUAACGGUCAUAUAUAUAUCACCGGAUCCGUUCAACAUCUCCAUCUUGAGUCUCAGCAUCCAUCUCCUCCAUAACACCAGAUCGACAUGGCUGCCCCUGCCCCUGACCGUAAUCUUGGAGCUGGCCAGCAUGGUGGUGAUACCGGGGGCUCAAGCUCCGGAAAGGCAACUCAAAUUCCGAUAUCUUCUCUGCUCAGGUCUACGCCCGCGCCCACUUAUUCCGCGCAUCCUCCGCCCACGCAUCCCGAGUCAGCGAGCCCUCAGGACCAGAACCCGACAACGCAAGACACAGGGGAAGCAACCACAUCGGCAGCCACAUCCACAUCGACAUCGGAACCAUGGCACCCCCCUUUCAUCAACUUUACAGCCGAUGGUAUGAAAAGCACGUUUCCGUCCAGGCAAACCGAAUCAGCAAACCCUCAGAACCAGAAUCCGGCAACGCAAAACGCAGAGGAAGCAAGCACAUCGGCAGCCACAUCCACAUCGACAUCGGAAUCAAGGUGCCCCCCUUUCAUCAGCUUUACAGACAAGAUGAUCGUCGCGGCUGGUAUGAAGAGACUUUGGGAGUUUUCUGAUGUUAAAACGUACAUGAAUGCAACAUACAUAUUAAGAUGGGACGCCCAGAAACAUCCAGAGGGACUGAGAAUCUGGAAGGAGGAAUUCAUGAACGCCACUUGGGACACUUAUCUACGAAGCAGAGCCUUGCUCGUCUACCACAAUCUAUUUAGUCAAGAAGCAUGGAAAGAGGUGUAUAAAUAUGUGAUGAAUGAGUUCCCGGAACUGCGAGAGGUGCAGGGCGAGACAGAUAAGGAGACUAGACAGAAUUUGAGGUUGUGGGAUGACGAGUUUGACAAGAGAGGGAAGAAGGAACGUACCCCUGAGGAGGAGGAGCAGUUGAAGGCCUGGAAUGAGGCUGAGAUGAUGGAGUGGGAGAAGUUGAUGGAGGAGACGAAGUUGAAGGAAAAGAAGGCAUUGGGGGAGCAAGAUCCGCAUCUGGACUUAGAAUAGACGCAGUUGAGGAGGGAAUGGGAUUGAUUUUGGAACUGGGGGU